AUGGCUCCUGCGGGACAAAGCGCGUCGUGGUCUGAUAUACUUUGCUGUCGUAUUUGUUCAAAACUUUUUAGCUCCAAAAAACUGCCAAUAAAUCUCGCUUGUGGUCAUACAAUAUGUCAUAAUUGUCUUAAGAAGCUUAAUACAAAUAGCUGUCCUUUGGAUCAGGCAGUAAUUUCUCUUCCUCUCGAAAAAUUACCUCCGAAUCGUGCAUUGCUCUCAGUUCUAUCAGAAUUUAUCGAUGAUAAAUUUGGAAUUUGUCAAGAACUCUCCGAAGAAUAUCGACAUAUUGAAUCGAUUCUCGUCAAAUUGGCCUCUUAUUUACAUCCCGUCGAAUGCUUAUUUGGAGGAAGUGUUUGGAGUGAUGAAUUAAGUAGACCGAUGCAACGCAAGUUAAUAUCGUUACUGUGCUAUCAAUUGAUGGAAUAUAAAGGUCUCCAGCGGGCACUAAAAACAGCACGCGCUUUGGCGGAACGCGCUCUUUCAGAAUUGAUUAUUUGUCAUCAAGAUAAUUCUAACAUAUCGGCAAUUCUUUGGUCUGCUAUUCGUUCUAGAGGAUGCCAGUUCUUAGGUCCAGCAAUGCAAGAAGAAGUUCUGAAGCUCAUCUUAUUGAUACUUUCGGAAGGUGCAUUAAUGUCUCGUAAAACAUUGGUGUUAUAUAUUGUGCAAGCAUUAAGGGAAGAUUAUCCGCAAGCUUCGAAAACGUGUAUUGGCCAUGUUGUGCAGUUGCUUUACCGAGCUAGUUGCUUUAAUGUAUUAAAACGUGAAGGUGAAUCAUCACUGAUGCAAUUGAAAACGCAGUUUCGCGAUUAUGAUGCACUACGUCGUGAGCAUGACACUCAAAUCGUACAAAUAGCUUUCGAACAAGGUUUACGUAUGUCACCAGAUCAGUGGUCAGCUUUACUGUAUGGUGAUCAGCAUCAUAGGUCUCACAUGCAAAGCAUUAUCGACAAACUCCAAUCAACGCAAGAUUUCGAACAACAAAUCAAUGACUUAAAGGCGGCAAUAGAACAAAGUUCUGAUCGGGAAAUGCUUAUUCGAACAUUCGAACAUUUUCAACGUUUCGCCAGUUUUGAUUACUUAAAUGAGUUACCAGAUUGGACAUUGGCAAUAGAUUUGUUCGAUUCUUUGUUAUUUAUAGUAAAAGCAUACGUUAAAUUCAUGCGGACAAGGAGCAUAGAUAAAUUAAUUUCUACAGCUAGAUAUAUACGUUCUGGUAUAUGUCAUCACAGAGAUCGCAAUUAUAAAACACGUUUUUCUCGGAAUUUUUCGAAUCUGGGAAAUAUGGCAGCUGAUUAUGUUUAUCCUACUAAUUUGCAAUGUACGAACGCGCUUGCUAAAAAUAGAUUUCAUGCUCCUAUACCGCAGAUGCAAUCACAUCCUUUACCUGUUAUCUUUAUGAGAAUGCCAGCAUACGCUGCAUCGCCCACAGCAGUCCCACAACUCCAAGUGGCAGAACUCCCACCACUGUUGACAAAUGCCUCACGAAUUUGCCCAUUAUCAGCUGUUGGAAAUAAUGGUUUUGCUGGGACAGAGGAAUCAUCCGUUCGAAAUUUGAUACCACGAGCACAACCUCUUCCAGCGCCACGGGUUCCAUUAGUGCCAGUAAUGAUACCAGAUAUUAAUUACUCCGUUUCUUCACCGUUAUUGCCGGUAGCCGCACUGCUAAAAAUUAGAGUUCCUGGAUCUGCUGGUCUACCCGUUGGUGUCACACCAAAUUUUCCAUUAUCUUCACCUUCUUUACAAAUGUCUCCAACUAGAUUUGGUUACAUUUUGGAAAGAUGCUUGCAAUAUCUGCAGCAUGCUGAAAAUACUGGUGCUGAUGAAAGUGCCGAUGAAUACGAUUUGCAAAGAAACAAUUCGGUAAAAGUGGCACCCGUAUCGACAGCACUACCAACAGUAUGUCCUGUCCUUUCCAGUACGAGUAGUACGAUUUCCGCUUCUGUCCAAGCACCGUGUACUAUUGUGCAUAUCAGGGACACCAUCAAACAGCCUUUACGAACUUCAUGUAUUCAGCAGUCACAGUUACCUCUAACAAAGAAAGUGGAUCCCAUUAUGGUGGCGAAGCAGUCACCGCUGGAAAUUUAUCCAGCGUCGGAAACUCCAAACGAUUCAAAAAGUGUCACUAACACGAAGGGUGAAGUUAUUAAUGUAGAGGAACGAAUGAAUGUUGUGCGCAGAAAAGAUCAUAUAGGAUCUAGUCGAUGA